AUGAGUAUCGAUAUCCCAUUGACACAAACCAGCUCACUAUCUUCCAUCGAUGUGAUCCAAAUCUUGAUUGGACAACAGGAUGUAGCGAUGACGGCCAUCAUGUACAAGAAGCUAUACUCACCAUUAUCAACAGUGUCAUUCCCUCCAAACAUCACUUCAAUGGUCUUUGUAAAGAUUGGAUUCUACAACUCACCUAUCACUCCAGGUGCCAUCCCAGACAGUGUCACAGAUAUCAUAUUGAGUAGCAAUCUCAACUAUCGCCUAGAACCCGGUUCAAUACCAGCGUCAGUGACAUCAUUGAGGUUUGGAGGUCUAUACAAUCAUAGAUUACGUCCUGGAAUCAUGCCAUCAAAGCUCACAAAGUUGAAGAUGGGCUUUGGAUUCAAGAAGAUAAUCAUGCCAGGUGCAUUGCCACCAUCACUCACUUAUCUCUCAACUGGUGGAUACAAUCAUCCGAUACUACCUGGUAUGCUUCCAACUUCAUUGUUACGUCUAAAGUGUGGCUUUGGAUUCAAUCAACCUGUUGGCCCAGGCAUGCUCCCUGCGUCACUUAUCGAGCUACGCUUUGGACUGAGGUUCAAUCAUGAGAUUGGAUCAGGUGUUCUACCUCCAAGACUAUUGGUCCUCAAAUACAGAUACAUAAUGGAUAUCAAGCAAUACUCUUUGGAGGAGGUCGCCGUACAUGACAAACGUGAUGAUUUGUGGAUGGUGCUUGAUGGCAAGGUCUAUGAUUGUACAAAGUUUGUCGACGAGCAUCCAGGUGGAGGCGAGUACUUGAUCGACGUUGCUGGCACAGAUGCCACAAUGCAGUUCCUCGACAAUGGUCACUCUGACCACGCCGUCAGUCUCUUGAAGGACUUUUACAUUGGCGACUGCACCAACCCUCAGCACGUUGGCAAGUUUGACGCAUUCUAUGGCUCUGGAGUCAAGUCAACUCAGACAACACCUGUUGCCACUCAACCAACAGUUAUCAUCCCAACUGCUACAAACAACAACAAGAACGUACCAUCAACACCAUCAACCUCUUCCAACUCCUCCUCCUCUUCACCAUCCUCCAACGCUAUGUAUUUCAUUGCUGGAGGUGCACUUGCUGUGACCAUUGUCGCAGUCGCCGUCGCCAAGCUGCUAAAGACCAAAUAA